AUGAGGGCACGUGGUAUCCCGGAAGAGCUGUGCCGAUGGACAGAAGCUUUCUGUUCUGACCGUACGGCCUCUAUCCAGGUCAACGGGCAUGCUGCGGAACGACGGGACCUCCCACAGGCUGGCCUGCCCCAAGGCUCGCCCCUCUCCCCUAUCUUGUUCCUCUUUUUCAACGCGGAUCUGGUCCAGCGAAAGAUCGAUAGCAACGGUGGUGCGAUAGCCUUUGUCGAUGACUUUACCGCCUGGGUCACAGGACCGACGGCACAAAGCACACGCAAGGGCAUCGAAGCAAUCAUCGACCAAGCACUAGACUGGGAAAAGAGAAGCGGAGCGACAUUUGAAGCAGACAAGACAGCCGUCAUCCACUUUACCCGCAAGGCCUAUAAAGCCAACUCGGAGCCCUUUACGAUCAAGGGUCAAGAUGUUCAGCCGAAAGACCACGUUAAGAUCCUUGGAGUGGUCAUGGAUGCCAAGCUCAGGUAUAAGGAGCAUAUCGCAAGAGCGGCCUCCAAAGGGCUCAGCGCGGCGAUGGAGCUGAAACGGCUCAGUGGUCUAUCCCCGGCUACGGCGCGGCAGCUGUUCACCGCCAUGGUCGCGCCAGUGGUGGACUACGCAUCCAGCGUCUGGAUGCACCAAUGUAAUUGGAAGACCGCGCCGGCCAUACACAGGGUGCAGAGGGUCGCGGCGCAAGGGAUCAUAGGAACGUUCAGCACGGUAGCAACACGCGUAGCAGAAGCAGAAGCUCACAUCCCCACGGCUCAAGAUCGAUUCUGGAAGAGGGCGAUCAAGAUGUGGACGGACAUCCACACCCUACCAGAGACGAAUCCACUCCGCAACACCACUUCCCGGAUGCGCAAGUUCCGGAGAUCCUACCGCUCCCCUUUCUUUCAAGUAGCAGAUCUCCUCAAGGACGUCCCAUUGGACAGCCUCGAAACCAUCGCUCCCGUCGUAUUAGCGCCAUGGGAGAGGCGAGUCCGCACUACGGUUGACAGAACGGGCAUCCAGCAAAAAGAGACAGAGUGGGCGGUCCGGAUCGCCGUAAGCAGCUCCGCACGAAACAACAUGGUCGGGAUCGGAGGAGUCGUCCGUCUCCCGCUGCCGAUGCGAGAUGGCUCAAGGAACGAAGCCUUUAGUGUGACGCUGGGCUCCAGGUCGGAGCAAAACCCGUUCUCAGGCGAGCUUGCGGCUAUUGGGUACGCGUUGAGGUUGAUUCGAAAUAUCAGGUACCGAAAGAUCAUCCUUGCCACCAGCAACAAGGCAGCCGUGAUGGCCUUGGAACGACCACACCAGCAAUCAGGACAACAAUAUCUCUGUCAGGCGUACGAUGCGAUAAGUGCCUUACGCAAGGCGGGAAACACGAUAUCGGUCGUCUGGAUCCAAGCGGGUACCAAAAACGAGCUCCUGAACACAGCCAAAGCGAAAGCAAAGGAAGCAACACGGCAGGACGCUACGCCACAAACGCAGGAUCCUGCCAUGCGGUCAACAGCCCUCCGUAUCGCAUGGGCAAAGCGGGCACCGCCCACGUCCUUACCUGACAAAGUGGGCAGACAUUCCAAGAGAGUCGAUAUAGCGUUACCAGGGAAGCACACCCAACUAUUAUACGACCACCUGUCCCGAAGCGAGGCCGGCGUGCUUGCUCAGCUUAGAACAGGCAUGGCCAAGCUCAACACAUACCUGCAUCGCAUCAAAGCAGCACCGUCAGAUCAGUGUACGUGUGGACAAGCCAGAGAGACAGUGGACCACUUCCUCUUCCGAUGCAAGCAAUGGGAUCAACACCGUAGGGAGAUGCUGCAAUGUACGGAUGUCCACAGGGGGAACCUCUCCUUCUACCUGGGAGGAAAGUCGCCCUCGGAUGACAAGGACUGGUCCCCCAACAUGCGGGCGGUGCGGGCGACGAUACGUUUUGCCAUUGCCACAGGUCGUCUGAGGACUGAACAACAACAGAAUGAAGCAAACUAA